AUGGAUUUCGAUCCUGCUUACAGGAGGCACAAACUUCAUGCCUUUCGCGCUCAGAAACAAAGGGAAAAUGAAGAUCAAAUAAAGCACCAAGAAAGUACAAUCACAACUCCAUACAAAUCUUUUCCCGGUCUAACCCUGCAUAUUGGUGGUGCUCUUUCGAAUGAAAUUGAAAAUUACAGAAGAUGUGUGAUUGCUUUUUUAACCUUCCUUGAUUUCAUAGCCCCUAGUUGGUGGGAUAAGUUGCACUUAUUUAACGAAAAGCAAGUUAAACGACCAAGCAAGAGUGCGGACAUGAUUGUGGAACUGAAAACACGAUUAAAAGCUAAAUUGGAACGACUAACACCAAGAAUGGUAAUACCCGCAGCUGCUGCAAUUAUCGCUAUAGAAGAACAGGAAACUAUUUCCGUUCUUCCGUCUAACUUCCUUCAGUUUCGUAAUCGGAGAAAUGCCCUCUUUAAAGUCAGUAAUGUCCAAGAAACCCUGAAACUGGCAUACUCCAUUGCAAGACGUUUGGGAGAAGUUGAGAGAUUGAAGCAACAGUUGAUUUUGUACACAGAACAGUGGAUCAAUUCUGAUGGUAGGGAUUUCGAUUUAAGAGCUCAAAGACUCUCUCUACUUGCGAACAAUAUUAGAGGAUCCCUUGUAGAGAGGUUCAAAGGGGUUCAAGCUGUCAUUACUCACUACUAUCGUCGAAGAUCUCCAAAUAGUCAGGUCAAAGUGGAGAAUAAAUUACCGGUGGGGAUUAAGCCAGACUCGAAAACUCGACUUGCGAAUGCAUUCAAUGAAGUCACAGCAGAGAGCUUUAGCAAAACAAAUGAUGAAAUUUUUAGAAUACUAGCCGAAGUUGAGCAAACGCAAACAAUUGAUCCAGCUUUCAUAAAUAAUUACACCCAUAACUAUGUAGCAAAACUCCUUCCAGCGGCGAAAUUUUCAUUCGAUUCUGUUGAAUCAAACGAAGAAGGCACUUCUUUUGGAGAUUAUUUCAAACCUAUGGAAGGCAAUAUGGAUCAUUUACCCCUAUCUUCUGCCAGUCAGGGGCUCUUUGAAUUCCAACAACAUAAUGAGGCGGGAAACCGGGCUCUGACUAAAUGCAGAGGAAGAGCGAAUCAUAUUGAAUCUGACAAUGAAGGGAGCGAGAGAUCCCAUGAAAUUCCGGAAGAGGAAUCGAGAACACGGCCAUUUGAUCAGCAAACUACUAACGUCUAG